AAUCCUCCAAUUACCCACCAAAAUUUCUCUCCCACUUUCUUCGAUGGCUAAUUUUCCCAACCCUCACUUACUAUAUAUUUAUUUUCCUUUUAAUUCCACCAGCCGUGUUUCAGAACCAACUUGUUGUUUUGAUUCUUUUGUAGCCUCUUCAUUCUGUCAAUGGCAUUAUCUAAAGGGAAAUACACAUCAAGUUACAGGGUAAGAAAUGGUCCACAUUCCAGCUUUUGAAGAUGAUCAUGACCCUCGUUUUGACACUUGAGUUUCUCAUGCUUAUUGCUCUUUGGUUCUUCUCUCCUCCUGAAACUUCUCACCACCGUCUCUCUUCCGUCCGACAUACAGCAUUUCAAAGGCCUUUGUCGCACAUCCCUCAAGUUCCCAUUCUAGAGGAGCCAGUGAAAGAGAUUGCCUUUGGAUUAAGAGUUGAGAUCAAUAGGGCCAAUUCUGUCUUGAGAGAUAUUGCAUUAGGAAGGGAUCUUAAGAGCUUUCUUUAUGUCUUGUUGUGAAUGGUUUUGCGGAGUCUGCACUUGGUGUAUUUGAUCAAAUGUUGAAAGAGGGCAUUUGCCCAACUCAUGGGACUUUUGUAGGAGUUUUAGUAGCUUGUGCUCAUGUAGGAUUGGUAGUCAAGGGAGUGGAACACUUUAAGACCAUGGAAAACACAUAAACUUGCACCAGAAAUGAAGCAUUAUGAAUGUGUUGUGGAUCUUUUGUGUCGUUCGGGUUAUGUGGACAUGGCCUACAAUUUCAUAAAGAAAAUGCCAAUUGUUCCUCAUGUUGUAAUAUGGAGAAUAUUGUUAAGUGCUUGCAAAUUUCAUAGAAAUUUGGUGUUGGCAAGAAGCUUCUCAAAUUAGAUCCCAGUAACAACGAGAAUUAUGUUCUCUUGAAGCACAUAUGUAGGGUUAGAUAGGUGGGAUGAUGUUAUAGAGAUUAGAGAACUGAUGGAAGUGACUAUUACAAUUUAUAUUGGUAUCUAUUAAAUUAUAAACUCUUGCAAUUCUCGAUUG